AGCAACAUGCACAGAGGAUGUUCGAGGAGGAUGCACCAUCUGCCAAAUGUUCUAAUGUCCACACACUCAUCUGUUCAUCAUGCUUAUGAGAUGCUGAGUCGUUGAACCGUUUGAUAACGCAGACCUUUUUUUUUUUUUUUUUUGGCAGCGCAUCCUGUAUAACGUAUAGGCUUCAGUGACUGCAAACGUAACAUGGGCUGGGGAUGCUUUUAUUGCAGUGGAGUGGACAUGCCUCCCCAGCUUUAAUUGGGCUUGGUUCCGGUGAGCGAAGAUAUCUGGACUGAAUGCAAUACGAUUCAUUCACUCGUAUUACAUGGGAAGCGCUACGGAUGGGCAUUGAGUUGCGAGUUAAAUAAGGCUUCUUUAUAUUUUCUUUGGUCAAAUAAGCACAUAGUGGCUUCACCUCGAGCUCUCAAAUUCAAACGAAUUCCUCUGCACCGCCUGAAAUUCAUUCUCUCUGCCCGCGUGUCCGGUGGGAUGCGGAUGCACGUCCAGGAGCUGUCCGAGCUGUUGUGGUGCUGAUGCGGCUCUGAGCGCACGCGAGCAUGGCUGCCGGGAAGUUGCUGCUCUACGCCGGUCUGUCUCUCUCCCUCUGCGCUCUCGGGAUGUUGGCCGUGGCUAUCUGCUCCGACCACUGGUACGAGACGGACGCGCGAAGGUACCGAGAGCGGUGCCGAAGUUUCUCCAGUCGCCGGAAGGACCCGGGCUUUAUUUACAUCCCCAACAAUAGCCUCCCUCUGCGCGCGAGCCGCUCGCGCCUAGACCGCUGGGAGGAGAAGCUGCUGCUGGCGCGGAACAGACGGCAGCUGUUCGCCAUGAGCGCCGCCGAUGAGUGCAGCAGGCAGUAUAACUCCACCAACAUGGGGCUGUGGAGCAGAUGCCAUCGCCUGGGAUUUGAUCAAGAUAUCGAGGACCUCAUUCGCAAAGGGUCGAUUGCAAGAUGCUCCUAUAUCAAGUACCACUACUCCUCAGCCACGAUACCCAAGAAUCUUUCCUACAACAUCACUAAGACCAUACGUCAGGAUGAGUGGCACUCUUUGCAUCUGCGGAGGAUGACGGCAGGCUUCAUGGGAAUGGCAGUGGCCAUCAUUCUGUUCGGUUGGAUUAUUGGGAUGCUAGGCUGUUGCUGGGAUCGUGGCCUCAUGCAGUAUGUGGCAGGACUGCUCUUCCUUAUGGGCGGCACAUUUUGCAUCAUUUCCCUUUGCACCUGUGUAGCAGGCAUCAACUUUGAGCUGUCCCGUUAUCCUCGUUACAUAUACGGUCUCCCAGAUGACAUCAGCCACGGUUAUGGCUGGUCCAUGUUCUGUGCUUGGGGCGGUUUGGGCCUGUCCCUCAUUGCUGGCUUCUUCUGUACACUGGCUCCCUCCAUACAGCCAAUUCCCCGCUCUACGUGCCCCAAGUCCCGUCAAGAAAAUGGCACUGUGUGUUAAUCCCUGAUCCCUACAUGCAGCUGGACAGUAGGGGAAAAAAUACAUCCAAAAAAUAGACCAUAACUGAUGAUAAAAAUUAUGAAUUCAUAUAAAAUCAUUCUAAUCUCACCAACCAGGCCACAAAUGCCAUUUUAACCAUGUGUGUGAGUGUCCCAAUUGUUCAAAAGAAAACAGACAAAAAAGAUGAAAAAAUAGGCAUACAUGGUUAAUUGUAAAGAUUGUGUUGGUGAGCCUUUCUGUUGUUGAGAUAUGGCACAAGAAAAUGGUACGUUGUUAUGAGCACAAGAACAAAGAUGACAUGAAAUUAAGAAAAUACUUGCACAUUGUUCAACAACAUAGAGACAACAUUGCUCAUUCUGAUGCCAUUUGACACAUGGAUGGAUAUGGACAUAUAGACCAAUACCUAGAAACUGCCAAAUGUCCUCUCUCUGGAGUCUAUGGUAAUAGUGUCUGGAAAGCACCACAUGCAGCUAUAUAACCAGUGUAUGGAGGUCUCGUGCCAAUGUUUUAAGCCCAGGAGCUCUGAAAGUUCUGAACCGCAAGGACCAUAGUGUUCAUUCACAUGAGAGGACAACUACUUAGAGGCAUAGAUUUGGAUCUGUUGUGUUUGAAUUGUUCAGUUGGGCCCUGGAGACUAUUAAAAUGCCUCUUGGGAUCUGGCUGAAGUAUCUGCUCAAGCGUCAAUGAGCAUCUCUGGAAGAUUUUAGGAAUGGGACAUGCCUGCUCAUGACAUUAUAUUGUUAUUUCUGUACAGCAAAUUGUAAUGAAAAAAAAAAAACAACAACAAUACUUAUAUUCCAGAAGAUAAAAAAAAAAAAAAAAAAAAAAAAAUCCAAACCGAGGGGAUACAUUUUUAAGCAUUUACUUGUUUUUCCAUUCUUCAUUUAGUCCAAAUGGUGUCAGAGAACAUUUCUUACAUGCUUUCCAUUUUAUUAUGUGCUUUGGUUUUCUUGUAAUUACAUUUAUCAUUACAGUGAA